CUCCGCAGAAAACCCACGAAAACAAUGGGAAAGUCCCGCUUGACGUGGGCCCUCGUCCUCCUCCUGGGAGGCUUCCGGUUGACGACGAGCCAGGCGACCACCGCCGCCCCUUCGCUCCAACCCACGCAGAGCUGGACUCUGCCGGGGUCCGAGGGGGGAGGUCAGGGGCCGACCACACCUCCCGGCGGGGCCCCGCACCAAGUCGUCACGCCGCGCGGCCAGGACGUCGCCGAGAAGGAGGACGGCGAAGAUGACGCCGCGGGGGAGGCGAACGCCGGAAGAGGGUGUCCUCCCUUGGGCCUGGAGUCCCUGAGGGUAGAUGACACCCAAAUUCAAGCGUCCUCCUUCCAGAGGUUCGGUCUGGGUCCUCACAGAGGCAGACUCAAUAUCCAGUCUGGCAUCGAGGACGGGGAUCUGUAUGACGGCGCCUGGUGUGCCGAGUACAAAGACCGGAACCAGUGGCUGGAAGUGGACGCCCUGCACCUCACCCGCUUCACCGGUGUCAUCCUGCAGGGCCGCAGCACCAUCUGGAGGCAGGACUGGGUGGAGACCUACAAAGUCCAGCUGAGCAACGACUCCAUAAGCUGGGAAAGCAGCAUGAACGGGACACAAGAAGCGAUAUUUGAGGGCAACAACGACGCAGAGACUCCGGUGCUGGGGAUCCUUCCCGUCCCGGUGGUGGCACGUUACGUCCGCAUCAACCCGCAGAGCUGGUUGGCCGAAGGCGACAUCUGCCUCCGAGCCGAGAUAGUCGGGUGCAGGGUCCACGAAACGCAGCCGGCGAAAGACGCUGCGCCGAAAGACGCCCUGGAUUUCCGACACCACAACUACAUGGAGAUGAGAAAGUUGAUGAAGGCGGUGUCUGAGGAGUGUCCUGACAUCACGCGCAUCUACACCAUCGGCAAAAGCUACAUGGGCCUCAAACUCUACGUCAUGGAGAUGUCCGACCAUCCCGGCAAGCACGAACUUGGUGAGCCGGAGUUCCGAUACGUGGCGGGUAUGCACGGCAACGAGGUCCUGGGCCGCGAGCUGGUGCUCAACCUGAUGCAGUACAUUUGUCGGGAGUACAAGAAAGGCAACCAACGCAUCGUCCGGCUAGUCACCGAGACGCGGAUCCACCUUUUUCCCUCCAUGAACCCGGACGGAUACGAAGUGGCUUACAAGAAGGGUUCCGAACUGGCCGGUUGGGGUGAGGGACGGUACAGCUAUGAAGGGAUAGACUUGAACCACAACUUCCCAGAUCUGAACCACCUCAUGUGGGACGCUCAGGAGGCGGCUGAGGACCCAUCCAAAGUGCCCAACCACUACAUCCCCAUCCCGGAAUACUACACCAAAGAGGACGCCCUGGUUGCUCCAGAGACGCGUGCCGUCAUCAGCUGGAUGCAGGACAUACCCUUUGUGCUGAGUGCCAAUCUGCACGGGGGAGAGCUGGUGGUGACAUACCCCUACGACGGGACCUACGGCUGGGCGCCCCAUGCCGACACGCCCACCACCGACAACGCUUUCUUCCGAUGGCUGGCCACCGUCUACGCCUCCACCAACCUGGCCAUGGCCAACCCUGAGCGCCGCCUGUGCCACAACGAGGACUUCCAGAAGUACAACAAUAUCAUCAACGGCGGGGCCUGGCACAACGUCCCUGGAAGUAUGAACGAUUUCAGUUACAUGCACACCAACUGUUUCGAGGUGACGGUGGAACUGUCCUGCGACAAGUACCCCCACGCCAGCGAGCUUCCGGUCGAGUGGGAGAACAACAAGGAGUCCCUGAUCAUCUACAUGGAGCAGGUCCACAGAGGCAUUAAAGGGGUGGUGAGGGACAAGGAGAGCAAAAAAGGAAUAGCAGACGCUGUAAUCAAGGUAGAGGACCACGAACAUGACAUCAGAUCGGCCGCCGACGGGGACUACUGGCGCCUCCUGAACCCGGGCGAGUACAAGGUGGUGGUCUGGGCCGAGGGUUACUUCCCGGCCGUGCGUCACUGCCACGUGGGAAUGGAGCCCCGGGCCACCGUCUGCGACUUCAGCCUGACCCAGACGCCCAUCCAGAGGCUGAAGGAGAUCCGGGCCAAGGGGGGAAAGAUCCCGCAGGACCUGCAGCUGCGCCUGCGGGCGCUGAGGUUACGGAAACUCCGCGCCAGCACGAAGGCCAUCAACCGCCGCCGGGAGAGCCAGCGGGAGAAGGAGAGGAAGGCCAGGGCCUCUGGGGACGGCAGAUUAUGAAGGGGACCAGACCAGGAUCAUCUGAUUGGGGUCAAUUAAAGCGUCACUUCACCUCAUUAAAAACUUUAUACGCACUCACAACAAUAGGUACAGCUGUGGACUCUCAGGAGAUCCAAGCUCCAAAUCCUAAGUACAGUGCAGUUGUACUCCAACACAUCGUGCAUUUAAUAACAGAGUAUUAUGAAGCACAAUUUUUCAACACAGCUCUUGAAUUAAAAGUCAUUAGAUUGCGUUAUUUUGCCAGUUAACUCCAAAUAUCAAGAAAAACGCCAUUUAAAUGACUCGCGUCUUUGCAAAAACUUACGGAGCCCCUAAAUGGACAUGGGGCAAUUUUUUUUUUUAUAAUUAAAAAAAAUUUUUUUUUUAGACAUAUAUCUCGUGCAAGUGAGAAACUUUUGAUAAAGUUAUAAAAAAAAAAAAAAAACAUUUUUAGAAUUUUUUUUUAAUCUUGUGCGCACGAGACACAUGUCUAAAAAAAUUACAAAAAUAAAACUUUUUUUUUUUUUUAUAACUUUAUAAAAAGUUUCUCGUGCGCACGAGCAGGGCCGGCCCGUGGCAUAGGCCGUAUAGGCAAAUGCUAAGGGCGCCGUCCAUCAGGGGGCGCCACGCCAGUGCCACAAAUGUUGGAGAAAAAAAAAAAAAAGAAAAAAAAAAGUUGGUACUAUUAUUUCUAAAUACAAAAAAUAAUCCCACGUUAAUUAAAAUGCAAAGUAAAGCCUAUUUAAUAGAAAUAUUAUUUGUUACAACAUUGCGCCCCCUCCCUUCCCGUAUCAUGACUCUUUUUGGACGUCACCACAUCAAAAAAUCAACACAAGAUGUCAAAACGGCCAAAACUGUCAGGUGCCCAGGGAAGAAACAAGAGAAAAGAAGAGGAGGUAGAAACGAGAAAAAGACAGAGGUAGCAGGUAGGUAACGUUAGCCUACAUGAAAUUAUUUGUCUGUUACAGAAUGUGAUAGUAACCUGGCUUUUUAGCAUUAAGCUAAUGUUACAUGAUUCGGCAAUUGCUAAUCAAUAAAUAGCUAGUUCUGUUUUAACGUCGGGUUAAUAUUGUGGAGGGGGCUAAAUUGUUAUGGAAAAUAAUAAUGUAACGUUAGGUAAUUACAAUACUCCCACCUUACAUUCCUCAGGGACAUUUGUAUUAGAUCUUUUAAGCAGGUGUUUUUUGUUUACAUUGUUAUUGCCUUCUGGUUAGCUAAUGUUUGCCCUGCAGGUAAUAGUCACUUUUCCACCCCUUUAUAUAUUAGGUAUAGUUGUAAGUAAAAAAAAAAAGGUCAAAGACAAAGCUAUUCGGUUUCUUGUGAGUAUAUACACUUCACUGCCGGGGGGGGGGGGGGCACCUAAAAUCUUGCCUAGGGCGCCAGAUUGGUUAGGGCCGGGCCUGCGCACGAGAUACAUGUCUAAAAAAAAAAAAAAAAUCUAAAAAAAAUUUUUUCCCCCAAGUCCUUUUAGGGGCUCUGUAAAAACUGAAUGAAACGUUCUGACUUUUUUUUAACCAGCAUUUAGGGAGGAAGUUCUGAUGUUUUUGUGUCAGCUGGUCUGACAUAACUCCAGUUGGACUCAAGUCCAACAACAUCUGAUAAUAAAAAAAACAACAACAACCUUAUUAUAUACCAUGUUGUCCUUAGUGCUUUGCUCUGCUGCCAUCUAGCGGCAAGGUGACGCAACAACACAUUUUUCGAAACCACAAUGCAAGAAAGAAGCAAAUGUUUUUAUUUUUUUAGUGAUGACAACAAAGUACCUUUUUUUUUUUCUGAGUUUCAUAGCCGGAAUUGUGUGUGUCGCCCCCCCCCCCAGCUGUGAAAUAAUUAAUGCAACACACAUGACCAGACAUAACAAAUUAUAUCUUAAAAAUGAAUCGGUACGCACAGAAAAGCACGUUACUUUUCUAAAAAAAAAAAAAAAGAAGAGUUAAUGUUUAACCCUGCAGUGAAAAUGGUUGAUAAGACACUUCUCUGUGAGACAAAAGAAUAAACAGACCAAAAAAAAAGGCAUUUCAUCUUCUCCACUUUUUGUUCCAUCAUUAUUAGACAUAUCUAUAGUGUAUUUUGUUCCAUCAUUAUUAGACAUAUCUAUAGUGUAUUUUGUUCCAUCAUUAUUAGACAUAUCCAUAGUGUAGUGACCUGACCAUGCUACUAUUAUAUUGACUUAUUAGCAACACAUUUCUCUUUAAAGCACCUUUCCAUUUGAAGAAUUAGGCCACAUUAGGAAGGACAAGUUUGGAAAAUGUAACCUCAAACUUAGAGCAGGGGUGUCCAAACUACUGCCUGGCGGUAUGAUUGCUGCAGGUUUGCUGCCAUCUAGUGGACAAGGUGAGUAGUUCAGGUUAAUGACCCCCGAAGUGCACUUUGAAGAGUCCACAGAACAGCAUUUUUUUUUUUACAUACGACCUUACCCACUCAAGGUGCAAAACAACCAACACAGAAAGCCGCACAUAACCUGCUCACUGAACUUUGUGGGUGUUAUAAAACAUGUCACACAACACGUCAUUCAAAAUGACACCCAUUUAAAUCCAAUACAAUGCAUGAUGGGGAAAAAAAAAGCAAAACAAUCUCCACACUUAUCCAUGUUUGUUGCAUUUUAGCUGCUUGAUGUUUCUGAUUGGUUACACAACUUUAAGGAGGUCGUCAUGGAAGUAAACAAAGGAGUCUAAUAUCCAAUUAUUAUUAUAGUUAUAUUAUUUAUCCAUUGCAUUAAUACAUAAAUAUGUACACAUAUAUAUGUUUAGGCUAUAUAUAUAUAUAUAUAUGUGCGUGGAUGUAUAUAUACAUACACAAAU